UGAGGGGGUUAAACGCACUUUUCCCGCCCAUACGCAAGGAAUGGCCGGCGCCGUCUCCGUCUCCGCUCACCGGCGGCAAUGGCGGUACACGUGGGAAGCCCUAAACCAUCUUCCCCUCCUCCGCCUCUACCUCCUACCCCGCGCCGCGCUGCCCUUCCGCAUCCCCUCGGACCUCCGCGCCGACCUCCGACUCCAGGGCUCUCUCCUCCACCUGUCCUUCUCGCUCCCCGGGGACGGGGCUGCCGUCGCGCUCAGGGUCCCCGUCCCGAGGGUGCUCGUAGACCCUUCCGCCCCCGUAGAGUGCCGCGCCGCCGCCGCGGGGGACCACCUCGAGCUCCGCCUCGCGCUCGUCCUGCCCGUCGACCACCCUGUCGUCGCCGCCGCGUUCCCUCCACCCCCCGGCGCGGAGCCUCCGGCUUCUCUAGCGCUGCGCGAUGAUUUGAAGAGUUUAUCUACUGGAGACGUUCACUUGUAUUGCAAAAAUUGUUCGUCAAGGUUGACAAAACAGCCACUAAGGAAAAUCAUGGAAAUGCCAUCUGUAGAUUGGGUAGAUGUGGCUGACAAUUGGGUUGGUGGAUGUUGCACCUCAUUUGGUGGUGCAGGCGAGAAACUUGUAUCUCAGUUUAUUAGGGCAUAUGGUCGUUUAGAAGGAACAAGUCUACUGGAUGCAACUUCCAUUACUGUAGAAACAGACAAUCUUGAAACAGAUUUAGUGUCUCAGGUAGCUUGUUCAGCACUUAGUAGACAUUUUGUUGCUAUAAAAGAAGAUAUAUUUAAUGUUAGUGUAGAAAAAGAUCAUACCACUGGGAAGAUAAAGUUGAAGAAUUCAGAAGAGCAAGCAAAUAUCACAGCUACUCAUGCACAACCACCUAUUAUUUUGGAAGAGGGGCCUAGUGUUAGUUGUAGUGAAACAAACGGAGUCACUCAGACUAAUCAGCCUGGCAUUUCUCAGACAGAAGCUGAUACUGAUGCAUACUUUGAGAAGUCUGAAAAUGACUGUUGUGUUGAGAAAGUGGGGAAAUCUAAGAAAGAGGUUGAUUUGUUGCUGGUAGAUCCAUGCCGUUGCUGUUGUGUCAAUGGAUACAGUGAGAAAGCUGAAGAUAACCCUUCACAGUUGUCCUUGGUCAAUGAGAAAAAGCAGAAUAUGUUGGAGAUUAAAAGAGAUUACAAAUUAACAAAAACUAUUUCUCUUGGUAGUAGCUUCAUUGUUAAAGCAUCUAACCUUUUGAAUGAUUUUGAGUGGGUUGAACUUCUCUGUGGUCAAUGUUCAUCACCUCUUGGCUCAUACCCUUCUCAGUGUUCGCUUGGUCCAGCUGAUGGCCGCCUACGACUCUUCAAGUGCUACACAUCUACAGAAAUUCCUGUAACAGGGCCUCAUGAUGUGUUUAGAUAUUCUACACCUAUUGCCAAGAAAUCGAUUCCAUCACUGAUACAUGGACAUACAUUAUUUAUGUGCAGGGGGCAUACAUUGGAAAGAGUUUUUGUGAAUCUGUUGCUUGAAGUUGCAGAAGACGAAAUAUCUUUUCGCACAUUAGUCAGAGAUUUGAAAACCAAAAGGCCCAUGCUGCAAUUAGUUCUUCUUAGUUCAAAAGCAUGGUUAUCUUCUGGUUGCUGUUAUGAAAAUGAUAUCGAUGGUUCACAUGGAACAACAGAUCUGCAGCCAAGUGUUAAACUCUUGUAUUCUGAUUAUAGCAAUGCUUCAGAAGCAGAUUUAAGGAUAGUAGAAGCGUGGGCAUCCAAAUAUCGGGCUGAAGAGCUGUACAUGAUGAAGCGUCAGAUAGACGAACUUACUGAAUGCCUAAGCUCAGGAAGGAACAACUUUCCAGUUUCUUGUUCUUCCCUUGAAGGGAUGCGGCUCUCAUCGCUUAGGCGCUGACUUCAGAAUAUGACAUGGAAAUUGUGCCUGGACUGAUCAUAUUUUUGUACUGAUCAAAGGAGUCUACAGCAUAGAAUCCUGAUGGCAUACCUGAUCAUCCUCGGUGUCUUUUGAGCUUUCAGCAAGCUACCUAAUAAUUUCUUCUUUAAAAUUUAAGAUGGCAUGCCUUGUCCUCUGCUCUGAAAAGACUUGGUGGCAUCCGAAAUGGAGCAAUGGCUUAUCCAAAACUUUCAGCUUCUCUGGUAGUCUAAUUGCAUAGCAUUUGGCACGCUGUUACUGGCCCUGAAGGUUUAAAAUGGUACAACAUACUAACCAACCUUUUCUUUCAAUCCGGCGUAUAAAAUCCGGUAUGUCUCGAUUUUUUUUAUAUGGAGCUAACUCCAGCUAUUGGUGACAAAUUUGUGGAGUGACUUGCUCUUGGAAGUUUUAGGAUUCCUUUCGGCGUGCUCUAUCUAUCUAAUCUGAAUCUAUCAUCGUUGCACUUGCAUUGCAUACGGUGAACAUGUGCAUAGAUGAAAGGUAUCCACCUAGUAACAAACUAAUGAGCUGCAUGCAUGUGUAAAACACAUGUGCCCGCCCCCGGCCACCGACUUGUCAUGGGUCUAUGUCUAUCCGGUGUUCAGGACUCUGUCCUGUUCUUACGUCCACCGUGCUGUGCUGUGCUGUGCGGUGUUUCGGGUGGCACAUGCCCAUGAGCCGCAUUAUUGCCGUAGACCCUUGCCAAAACCGUGAAAAGUGCCUUGUAGAGAGGAGGGCCCCUGCGUGAUGUAUCAGGUGCUGUUUCACAAAUGGUGAAGCACACUAGGUACCAUGCCUCGGUGAGCCAACACCAGCCUACACAUUGAUAUACACACUGAUAGAUCCAAAGACAUGUCAGUCACGCUCUCUUGUAUUACUCUUGUCCGUCAAAAAGAAGAAAAAAGAUGCAAUUCUCGCUUUCGAGAAGCCGAAAUCCUUUUCAGGUGUAUCAAAUCUAUGAAAAGCUAUUUAUGACAGCACAUUAGAUUAACCAAGUACUCCAUUCGUUCCUUUUUAUUUGUCACGUUUUAGUCUAAAAAUAAAUUAGUGGGCGACAAAUAUUCGACAACCGAGGUCGUAUGUUUUCGUGGUACAUUUUUUUUGAGUACUCGAAACUAAGGAUAUUUGACUCCAUCCAGAUCUAGAAUUGCGUCAAGUUUUUUUUGUUGGAGCGGAGGUAAGAAUAGGUCGACGAGAGGAUGAAUGUAGGCUUUGAACUGGUAGAUGACUACUGUUGCUGCUCUCUCUCUCUCUUUCUCCGCAUCUCUCCCCCAGGUAUUAUAAUUUCCUUUUGUGCUCAAUCAUUAUAAAGCUAAAAAGUCUUAUGAUCAAUGUGAUUUUGCAGAUAAAUUAAACGGAAGAAAGAAACAGACAAAAGACUUAAUUGAGUACCAUUGAUUAGGAUCAUAUAUAUAUAAUGGAUUGAGCUUGAAUUUUCUAAUUCACGCCGCAGUUGGCCGCCAAUCUCCUGCAUGUAUUUCAACAAGAGCUUGGCUUUGGCUCUUGUCGUUCUCACUCAACUCAACUCAACACUAACCGAACAUUAACACGGCUGCCGAGGCACGAUAAACAUCUAGGAAACCACACCCGUAAAUAAAACUUUUCCUAUCUCUCCUUGUUUCUUUCAUUUGCCACAACCCAUUCCAAUAAUUGGGCCACCAUAUAUCUAAUAUUAUCGUAUUAAUUAGAUGGAUCAUGACUAAGUUUGGAGUCUAAUUAACUGCAUGAAGGUACACGCGCGCUGCUCUGAAUAAUUGCACUUCUCUUUAUUUCUGUGUCUAGUUUUUAUAUAUAUGUUUUUUAAAAAAUUAAACACUAUGAGUCAAUUGAUUAUUUGCAUGCAGGUGCGCCCCUAUAUAGUGGCAGACAUGGUUCAGUGGAACUAGUAGUCCCUCUAACAAUGUUUUAUUACUCCCACCACGUACCAUUAGCUGGAGCCUUCAUCAUUUGGAGACAUGCUGUCCAACCCAAUGCCAUGCAUAAUAAUAACGUAUAUGGAUAUCAAGUAUAGCCCUAGCCUUAUCUCAUGAUGGUUAAGGGAUCAGCCUGUUGUUUUAGUGUGGCAUUCUCCCAAAAAGGUAUUCUGAGUACCACUUUCCUCGGGUCAUCAUUUCCCUUCUUUGUUCUAUAUAUAUACAUUUAUUUGGCUUGCAAUAACACUUCUUAGUUUAUUAGGUAGUAGGUCCAGCAGGAAGCGGCCAAUUCACUGUCAGAUAAGAUAUUAUUAGUGUGAAUUUGUUUUUCAGAAAGAUGUUUUUUUGGCUUGGCAGAAACUAAACAUGUAUGGUAGCUUGCCUUUGGCUAAUUAUGCAUGCAGAAAAAGACAUAUACAGUUAGCAA